AUGUCAAGCGUCUUUGUGGACAAGGCUGAAAAGCCUGAGAAGGCGAGCGUUACGGUUAUUGGCACCGCAGAUGACUGUUUCUCGUUUUUCGGCUUGAGCUCCUCGAAGUUGAAAGAUCGAAUUGGCCUUCUGGUCUACCUCACUGUGCAGUUCUUUGCCUUCCUUUUCGUGUUGUUUGGCACGCCGAUUGAUAUGUUCCGUCUAGAUCAGCCAUUGGACUCCGAUGUCGCUGUGGUCACUACACUCUGGGGACUCAAAGCGGGGGUCUUUAGUGUUGAAUACGGUCUUUCUGCCGCUGAGCAGUGGAAGGAUUGCCCGGACCGCCUCCACCGUUUCCGUCUUGCUCAGGUGCUCGCUAUCAUCUCCAUUUUUGUAUACGGCACGGCGUUUGUCCUAGGCUUCAUCAUGCUGUACUGCUGCUCCUUCUUCCGCUGGAUAUGCGUGACGCUCAACAUUGUGGGCGCUGUCACGCUGUGCCUUGUCUGGAUGGCCAUGGUGGUAACGUACAGAACAGAUGAAGAACCCUUCUGCCCUGAAGAGAAACGUUACCACACUUAUGGUUCUGGUUUUGUUCUCUUCGUGCUCGCAUGGCUGCUAGAUUUCCUCAACAUUGUCUCCUUGCUACUCCCCUUCUAG